AUGCAAUUUGUGAGUCCUGUGGGCCCAACAGAAAAGAAAACUCCGAACCAAACACAUUAUCCUGAAAGGGCUCACUCACAACCACAGACCACAAAGAACUACCUCAUUUCAUCUCCACAACACACACUUUUGCAGACAAUAAUCAUCUUCACUCCACAAAUGUCACAAAGAAAACGUAACUUCAUCUACUGAUAAUAAUGCUCUUACGUGGCAGUAUAUCCACUCCUCUACCAUCCUCUCUACGACUUAACCUCACAACAACACGAACUAACCCACGAAACGUCACCGUUUCAUCUCGAGCAAGCCUAGAGUACCCACUCUCAAUAUCCGACGAGGCACUAGAGUCACGAGGUUUCGCUCUACGGCGGACCGCGGAGGGACUAAACCUAGAAGCGCUAAACAAAGUAUUCGUGGCGGUGGGGUUUCCACGACGCGAUCCGGAGAAGAUACGAGUGGCGCUUGAACACACGGACUCGAUGGUGUGGGUGGAGCAGAGGAAAACGCAACGUGCGGUUGCGUUUGCGAGAGCGACGGGUGAUGGCGUUUUCAACGCGAUUAUUUGGGAUGUUGUUGUUGAUCCUUCGUUUCAAGGGAUUGGGCUUGGGAAGGCUGUUGUAGAGAGGCUUGUUGGGGAUUUGUUGGGAAGAGGAAUUUCUAAUAUUGCCCUUUAUUCUGAACCGCGUGUUCUUGGGUUUUAUCGACCAUUGGGGUUUGUUGCGGAUCCUGAUGGGAUUAGAGGAAUGGUUUAUUCUAGAAAACAAAAAAAGAAAUAAAUAAUUCCAUGCUUUUUCUUUCCUUUCUAUUUUUUCUUGUAAUGGGUUUCUAAUUUAUUGAUUGAUUAAAUAAAUAUUUAACUUAUAUUA